CUCGCGUUUUUUUUUUGUUGUUUGCGAGGAGUAGUGUGUCUGCUUGAUUCGACGGUGGUGCCCGCGCGGCGGCCGGCGUGAUUCGGCGGAUUUGCACGUCGGUUUCUGAACGAUCGGUUUAUUAGAGUACAGUAUUAAUGUAGUAUCGCGCGUCUCGGGCUCAGAAAUGGAAGGAACUUUGGUUUCUUUUUUUUUUCUGGGCGUGGUUAUCCUGAAACGAUUCAGGAGCAGUUAGCCUGAUCCUUACACAGUAAAUACUAGAUUCUUUUGUCAGUCUUAUUGUGGGUUUCAGCCUCUGAAAUGCAAAAAGAUUGGAUUCUUCUUCUUUUUUUGGGUAAUAGUUUUCUCGAAAUAACUUAGAAGGAGUUUAACUCGCUCCUUGUAUGUAUAAGAUCCGUAUCUGCAUGGCGAUGCAGGUUUCGUUUUUCCUGAGAAUGUUUGGUACUCGUGGUAACUGGUGACUAGGUAAGUAGUGGACAAUCGGUGACGCCUGGGUUAUUGACAGUUACAACUUACAACGUUUGUCUAUCAGACAUGGGCACUUUGUUUUUCCUAUCGGGUUUCAGCGGGAAAAAAUACCAGUAUUAUUUGGUAGUGGUUGGAGUAUGUGGAUAGACGAAUGAUGUCAUCGCACUCCUCCCUCAAUGAUAAUGUCAUGAUCUGUGGAGUGUGGGCCCGAUCCCCCCUUCUUUUGGCUUAUCUGGAAAAUAUUGUCUGCACAUUAAGGUUGUCAACUCGUCAUGAAGCUUGACAAUGCUGUGGUUAUCUUUCCUCAUCCCGUAUUAGCCUCCUGCUGCUGGCCUGUCUCAAAUUCUCGCUGAUUUGGUUACACUGAUGUGGGGCCCUGUCUGUUGUUGAUCCGGAAGAUCUGCUGGACCAUAAGAUACUGCAGAACGAUACUCGUGGUGUAUAUUGCAGCCUAAUUACAUGGAGGAAUAUUCAGACAGGAGAUCCAAAACAGAAAUUGCAUUUCGUAGGAGGGGUUCCAGGCUCUCUUAUCGAAAUCAAAGUCCUGAAGAGAGGACUAAUCACAACAACGAUGGACUGGGAAGCAGCGCUAGACUCAAUCCUACGAAAGCGGGAAUUACUGAUAAUCAAGAAGGACCAAGAUAUUUGCGUGAUUCGUUUAAAUCUUCAAGCUCGAAAGUGGUGCCUGCAAGCUCCUCCAAAUUUCCACUUAGAAAGUUUGAGGAAAAGCGAAGGCAGCCUUUGUUGGCAGGGGUUGACAUUGCUCAAAGUGGCAGAAGAAAGGCUGAGGCCAAGCAGCUGGAGGGUAGUAAGAAAAUCGUUGUAGACGAUGAGAGUUCAGACACUCUGCGGACUGAAUCAGAAGGUUCUACUACUGAACAAGGUCGUUUGUUAACACCUGGUUCAGAAGGCUCUCAUUUUACUGGUCCUUCAGGUGUUUAUCGAAAUAGAUCUGAGUCCUUUGUCCAAACUGCUCCACUAAGUUCUAGGACACAUGGACAGAAAGAAAAAGAGGUGAAUUUGGGUAUUCCAGGAGCAUGUUCUUCAUAUUUUACUAAUCGGUCUACUAUGCCUAGAAAUUCCACCACUGGUGUGAGGCCAGCUUAUGGUCAUGCUAAUGGAGUACAGAGACGUGGGCUUAAAAACCCAGGUUGUACUUCAGUACCUGAUGUUCAGCCAUCAGGUUGCUCAUCCGAUUCUGUUUAUAGUAGGAGGUUUGAGUUCAUGAGAAAGAGGGCUUCUGAUCCGGAAAGCUCUUCCAGAUCAAGGAGCUUUAGUGGACCAUCUUUUUCAGGUCAUUCCCCUCCUACAGAUAUUCACGAUGCUGGUCCCAGAAUCAGAACGAAUGAACAGUCACUUUCUCAACAAAUAAUACGAAGCAGCAACAGAAACCAACAGGAAUCGGCAGUUUCAGUUAGGACAAGACGACCUUCUCAUGCCACUACACUGAGGGCUCCUGAUGAAAGAGCAGAUGGCAUGCUUUCUUUGCAUGAGUCAUCCACAAGGAAUGGGCUGUCAGCUCAGGAGCAUCUUUCAUUGGAAGAAGUCUCUGCCGAGAGUUCAAUAAGACCAUUCUUUGUGGAAUUACCUCAUGACAUUUACUCAUCUAGUCGUCAUCAUAGCUCGAAUACUCGAGCUGAAAGGGGGAGACCAAGCUCCCUUUUUGAAGAAAGUCCUCCACAAAUGUUCCAUGGUCUCAUGGGCGAGAGAAAUGAUCAUAGACGCAUAACCAUGGGAGGAAUUGCUGAGGUUUUACUAGCAUUGCAGAGGACUGAACAAGAAGCUGAGCUGGCUUAUGAGCAAUUGCUGGUGCUAGACACUAAUCUAUUCCUUGGUGCAUUUGCCUCCCAUGAUCGGCAUAGAGACAUGCGGAUGGAUAUUGACAAUAUGUCCUAUGAGGAAUUAUUGGCAUUAGAAGAGAGAAUAGGUUCUGUAAGCACAGCCCUUUCUGAUGAGCAGUUCGCGAAAUGCCUAAGAAGAAGCAUAUAUUGUCCAGUUGCUACAGGAGUACAUAAAUCAGUCAUAGAUGACAUGAAAUGCAGCAUAUGCCAGGAAGAGUACAAGGAGGGUGAAGAAGUUGGGCGGUUGCCAUGCGAACACCGGUACCAUGUGUGCUGCAUCGGCCAGUGGCUUAGGCAGAAGAAUUGGUGUCCAGUGUGUAAAGCGUCGGCAGUACCUUCUAUGGGGUAAUCCAAGGUGUUCAAGCUUGUAAAUUACCAGUAUGUGUCUCGAGUCCAUGCAUGACUGUUCAUCAGUUCAUGUGAACUUGUAAAUAACAUGGGCCAUGUCCGCUCAGGUUUCUGGACAUCCAUAUUCAGAUUCCUUGUGCCCUGCCUGAGAGGCUCCAUAUUCAGGCAGCCCAUGUCACUUGUUCCCUUGAUUGAAGCUUUUCUGUUAGUCUUGCU